ACAUAUUUUGGUUACCGUUGGCAACAAAACGGACCGAGGAAACGAAGUAAACAAACAAACAGAAACGGUUGCAAUCGCAAGGGAAAGAGCGGUUCGCUACUGCCGGAAAGUUUAGCGAUUUAUUCUUAAUUAAUUAUGAAUACAAACAGCUACGUCUAUUUGGGAGAAUGGUACCAGAAAGAGGCGGACCUGAACCGGCAGCUGGUGGUUAGCUUCUUCCCUAGCGAUAAUUCAGUUGAGCUGGUCGACCUGAAAACAAGGAAAACCUUCCUGAGGCGUACCAAAAUCGAAGAGCUAAACGAGAAUGACUUCUUCAUCGGUGCCAAGCUGCUUAUUUUUGGCAAACAGAUCAACAUUCUUGACUAUGGAGAUGCGAAAACGAGGAACAAGAAGUCCGACGAACAGCUUUCGUUUGGGCUGAUAAAAGCGGAAGCAUUGCUACAUAUCGGCGAAAUACUGACAAAGAUACACAAGGCAGGAUUGGGCGUACGUCGGCUGGCGAUGCUGAAGAUAGACGAAAACUAUUCCUCUAUGCUGAAAACUGUGCGCUCGGAAGCCUCGAGCUUGAACUACCUGAUGGACUGUAUGCCAAGUCAAUCGUUUGUCGCGUUGGAGAUUAUAGGCAACAAUGCGUACAACCAGUACCGGGAGCUAUGCGGACCGGAAUCCAUUGCCGAGGCAAAGCAGUGCGCUCCGAACAGCUUCCGGGGACUGUACGGGUCCGAUGUUUACUGCUCACGUUCAGCAGACGAUGCGGCAAAUGAAGCUCGUUUCGUAUUUUUAAAUAACGAUAUUAAGCUCGUACUGCGUUCUUCGGCCCUUUACACAAACAGCACACUGUGCAUUAUCAAACCGCACGCCGUGCGCGAAGGCAAAGCGGGCGAAAUUAUUACGGAAAUUUUGCGCAAAAAGUUCACCGUCACCGCAAUUAAGAUGCUCCGAUUCGAGCGUCCCAAUUGUGAGGAGUUUCUGGAAGUAUACAAAGGAGUUGUGCCCGAAUACGAGUCCAUGGUAAUGCAGAUGAUCAGUGGCGAUUGUAUGGCGUUAGAAAUCACGAACAAGUUCGACGAUAACCGCAGCACCUACCAAAGUUUUAGAGACUUUUGUGGUCCGGUUUGCCCGGAGGCAGCGAAACUCACCCGACCGCAAACGUUACGUGCCCUGUUCGGAAAGAAUAAAGUAAUGAACGCCGUACACUGUACCGAUCUGGAGGAGGACACUACGCUUGAGUUGGAGUACGUUUUUAAGUUUUUGAAUUGAAUGUCUGUAACACGUGGUGUGUGAUGUGUGAAGAGCUCAUUCCGUCCAAAUUGGCGUAUAAUUUUAAUAUGUUUGUGUUUGUGUGAUCGUCUCUGAAAUAAACUGUAUUUUGUCAUUUUAUAUA